CUCCGCUUCUGUUGACAUCCGCAUCUACACACCAUCGUUCACAGUGAUUCUUAUUCAACACGAGAGUUUACAUAGAAAAGUAAAGAACUGUGAAUUAAAAAGAUCAGUGAACCCAGGUGGACAGUGAUGUCCCCCCCACGUCUCACAGGUGCCCUGCGCUCCUUCUCCAACGUCAGUAAGAAGGAUGACAUAGAUGGACAGGUCUACGAUUUAAAGUCAAAGCGUGUGAAACGUCAGGAGCUGUUUGCCAGACAGGGUCUGACAUGGCAGAAGGUGGUUCAGUUCUGCACGCAGCAGAGAGACCAUCCCCAGCAGCCAACCGCUAGCCCGGACCUGAAGAACAUCCUCGUGGCAGCCAGACAGAUCGUUGGGGUUGAAAAUGGUCAGGAAACAAUUGAAAGUGCUGCCGUCUUUCUCUUUGAGACAUUCCACAACAAAGACCAUGUGGGCACCGAGGAGACGAGAGCCAUCAAACAGAUGUUUGGUCCCUUCCCCGCCGCUGCAGCCGAAGCAUCUUGUGCUGCGGUGGCGAAGAUCGUCUCAACCCUCGGAGAGUCCCUCGUGGAGGACUUUGUCCAGGCCCAGAGCUCUUCUCGCAACCUCCAGCGUGGCAUCGCUUUUGGACGCAACAUUGCCUUCUCCUAUGACAGCUACACGCUGGAUCCCCUGGAUCUCCCGUGGGAAGCCAGCCUCGAGGAUGAUCUGGGCCUGGACUUUAACAGUUUCCUGAGCAGCCACCAGGCAGGGAAGGUUGGAGGCCAGACGGAUGAGUCCAGUUCGGGCGCACCCAGCAGUAAUUCUAUGGAUGGAGCCAUUCUUAGGGCAGAGGUGGAGAAGUACCUGGAUGGAGGCAACAUGAUCUCUUCCAGCCCGGAGGAGCUGUGCACCUCCCUGUUUGAGAUGUUGGCCUCAUACAAGAGUGAUGAUGAGCUUCAGAAUGAGCUGUAUGAGCUGCUGGGCGCAGAGGGAUUGGACAUGAUUUCAAGCCUCCUCCAGCGAAGGGCAGCCAUCGUAGACUCCCUCCUCUCCUGCCCACCAGACAGGCUUGGCUGCCCACCAGACGGCGGCCGGAGCGGGGGAGAGGCCAGCAAGCCAAACUUUGGCUGUCAGGUGAUCAUCCAAUCAGAGCAGGAGAGGCAGCAGAUGAAAGUCUACCGCAGAGGGGAGAAGAGGGAGAGGAAGAAAGGAAAGGGGCCAGAGGAUGACCCCUCAGACAUGUCCUUCAACUUUGACCCCAAGGAGAUGAGGUCGCAGAGAGAACAGGCCCUGCUGACCGCACGCCGGGAGCCUGUGUUCGGCAGGGAGCGCGUCUACGAGCGCGUCCGCUACCCCAACGUGUACGACUGCUACGCCGAGGCGGCCAAGAGCCCAGCGUUUGUCGGAGGAGCCAAGCUGCUGCUGCCAGAGGGCAUCAAGAGGGAAAACAACAAGAUGUACGAGGAGGUGGAGAUUCCACCCAACGACCCCAAGAGCCUUGGCAUGGAGGAGAAACCUAUUUACAUCUCCCAACUUGAUGAGAUCGGGCAGCUGGUGUUCAAGGGGAUGGAGCGUCUGAACCGCAUCCAGUCCAUCGUGUUCGAGACGGCCUACAACACCAACGAGAACCUGCUGAUCUGCGCGCCCACCGGUGCCGGCAAGACCAACAUCGCCAUGCUCUGCGUCCUCCACGAGAUCCGGCAGCACGUGCAGCCCGGCGGCGUCCUCAAGAAGGACGCGUUCAAGAUCGUCUAUGUGGCUCCUAUGAAGGCCCUGGCAGCUGAGAUGACUAAAUACUUCAGUAAGCGCCUGGAGCCGCUGGGCAUCAGUGUCAAAGAGCUCACUGGGGACAUGCAGCUCACCAAAGGAGAGAUUUUGCGCACACAGAUGUUGGUUACCACCCCGGAGAAGUGGGACGUGGUGACCAGGAAGUCCGUGGGGGACGUGGCCCUGUCCCAGAUAGUCAAACUGCUGAUCCUGGACGAGGUGCACCUGCUCCAUGAGGACAGAGGUCCAGUCCUGGAGAGCCUGGUAGCCAGGACCAUCAGACAGGUGGAGUCCACCCAGAGCAUGAUCAGGAUCCUGGGGCUCUCCGCUACACUGCCCAACUACCUGGAUGUGGCCUCCUUCCUCCACGUCAACCCCUUCAUCGGCCUCUUCUUCUUCGACGGCCGCUUCAGACCGGUGCCCCUCGCCCAAUCCUUCAUUGGCGUCAAGUCUACCAACAAGAUUCAACAGCUCCAUGACAUGGAGGAAGUGUGUUACGACAAGGUCUUGGAGCAGAUGAGAGGAGGCCAUCAGGUGAUGGUGUUUGUCCACGCCCGUAACGCCACGGUGAGGACGGGCAUGGCGCUGAUCGAGAUGGCCAAGAACCGCGGGGAGGCCUCAUUCUUCCAGCCGGACCACGGCGCCGACUAUGGCCAGUGUGACAAACAGAUCCAGAGAUCCAGGAACAAGGAGAUGCGGGAGAUGUUCCCGUCCGGGUUUGGGAUCCACCACGCGGGCAUGCUGCGCACGGACCGCAGCUUGAUGGAGAGCAUGUUCUCCAGGGGCUACCUGAAGGUGCUGGUGUGCACGGCCACGCUGGCCUGGGGCGUCAACCUGCCGGCGCACGCCGUCAUCAUCAAGGGCACCCAGAUCUACGACGCCAAGCGGGGCAUGCAGGUGGACCUGGGCAUCCUGGACGUGAUGCAGAUCUUCGGGCGUGCCGGCCGGCCCCAGUUCGACAAGCACGGCGAAGGAACCAUCAUCACCACCCACGACAAGCUGAGCCACUACCUCACCCUCCUCACCCAGCAGAACCCCAUCGAGAGCCAGUUCCUCAACAACCUGGCCGACAACCUCAAUGCAGAGGUCUGUCUGGGAACGGUGACCAAUGUGGACGAGGCGGUGAAAUGGCUGAGCUACUCCUACCUAUACGUGCGCAUGAGGGCCAACCCACUGGCGUACGGGAUCAACCACAAGGCCUUCCAGAUGGACCCAGGCCUGCUGAUGUACAGAAGGGAGCUGGUGGUGGAGGCGGGCCGGAAGCUGGACAAGGCCCGCAUGAUCCGCUUUGAGGAGCGCACCGGCUACUUUGGUUCCACUGACCUGGGCCGGACAGCCAGUCACUUCUACAUCAGAUACAACACCAUAGAGACGUUCAAUGAGCUGUUCAACUCCCAGAAGACAGAGGGCGACAUCUUCAGCAUCGUGUCCAAGGCAGAGGAGUUUGAGCAAGUCAAGGUCCGUGACGAAGAGAUGGAGGAGCUGGAGCAGAUGCUGAGCAAUUACUGUGAGCUCCCGGCGGCGGGUGGUGUGGAGAACGGCUAUGGCAAGAUCAACAUCCUGCUGCAGACCUACAUUGGCCGCGGAGAAGUGGACAGCUUCUCGCUUAUCUCAGACCUCUCCUACGUGGCACAGAACGCGGCCCGUAUCGUCCGGGCACUGUUCGAGAUCGCCCUGAGGAAGCGCUGGCCGGCCAUGACCUACCGCCUGCUCAACCUGUGCAAGGUGAUCGACAAGCGGCUGUGGGGCUUCGCUCACCCGCUGCGGCAGUUCCACAUCCUGCCGCACACGGUGCUGGAGCGGCUGGAGAAGCGAAGGCUGACCGUGGACAAGCUGAAGGAGCUGAGCAAGGAGGAGAUCGGUCACAUGCUGCAACACAUCAAUAUCGGGAUGAAAGUCAAGCAGUGUGCCCACCAAAUCCCCUCCCUACUGAUGGAGGCCAGCAUCCAGCCAAUCACGCGCACUGUCCUGCGAGUGCGUCUCGUCAUCACCCCGGACUUCAGGUGGCAUGACCAGGUGCAUGGCUCAGUGGGGGAGCCCUGGUGGCUGUGGGUGGAAGACCCAAUCAACGACCACAUUUACCACUCAGAGUACUUCCUCCUCCAGAAGAAACAGGUGGUGUCUGGAGACCCCCAGAACAUCGUGUUCACCAUCCCCAUCUUUGAGCCCAUGCCGUCUCAGUACUACAUUAGGGUGGUGUCUGACCGCUGGCUGGGGGCUGAGGCCGUCUGCGUCAUCAACUUCCAGCACCUCAUCCUGCCUGAGAAACACCCGCCACACACUGAGCUGCUGGACCUGCAGCCGCUGCCCGUGACAGCGCUGGGCUGCCCGCAGUACGAGAGCCUGUACAAGUUCACCCACUUCAACCCCAUCCAGACGCAGAUCUUCCACACGCUCUACCACACCGACACCAACGUCCUGCUGGGGGCGCCAACAGGCUCCGGCAAGACCAUCGCGGCCGAGUUGGCCAUGUUCCGCGUCUUCAACAAGUACCCCGGCGCCAAGGUGGUGUAUAUCGCUCCCCUCAAGGCACUGGUCCGAGAGAGGAUCGAGGACUGGAAGGUCAGGAUAGAGGAAAAGCUCGGGAAGAAGGUGGUGGAGCUGACGGGUGACGUGACGCCUGACAUGCGUGCCAUCUCGGCGGCCGACCUCAUCGUCACCACCCCUGAGAAGUGGGACGGGGUGAGCCGCAGCUGGCAGAACCGCAGCUACGUGCAGAAGGUGGCCAUCCUCAUCAUCGACGAGAUCCACCUCCUGGGCGAGGACAGGGGUCCGGUCCUGGAGGUCAUCGUGUCCAGGACCAACUUCAUCUCGUCCCACACCUCCAAGACCGUGCGCGUGGUCGGCCUGUCCACCGCCUUGGCCAACGCCCGGGACCUGGCCGACUGGUUGGGCAUCAAGCAGGUGGGCUUGUUUAAUUUCCGCCCAUCUGUGCGGCCCGUCCCCCUGGAGGUCCACAUCCACGGCUUCCCCGGGCAGCACUACUGCCCCCGCAUGGCCAGCAUGAACAAGCCCUCCUUCCAAGCCAUUCGCAGUCAUUCUCCGGCCAAACCCGUGUUGAUCUUCGUGUCGUCACGGCGACAGACUCGUCUCACCGCCCUCGACCUGAUCGCCUACCUGGCCACUGAGGACGACCCAAAGCAGUGGCUCCAUCAGGACGAGAAAGAGAUCGAGGCCAUCAUCGCCACAGUGAGGGACUCCAACCUGAAGCUGACGCUGGCAUUCGGCAUCGGCAUGCACCACGCCGGGCUGCACGAGAGGGACCGGCGCACCGUGGAGGAGCUGUUCGUCAACUGCAAGAUCCAGUUGUUGAUCGCGACCAGCACACUGGCCUGGGGGGUGAACUUCCCCGCCCACCUGGUGAUAGUCAAGGGGACUGAGUACUUUGACGGCAAAACCAGGCGCUACGUCGACUACCCCAUCACAGAUGUGCUGCAGAUGAUGGGCCGUGCCGGCAGGCCUCAGUUUGACGACCAGGGCAAGGCAGUCAUCCUAGUGCACGAUAUCAAGAAGGACUUCUACAAGAAGUUCCUCUAUGAGCCCUUCCCUGUCGAGUCCAGCCUCCUCAGCGUUCUGUCCGACCACCUGAACGCCGAGAUCGCCGCAGGCACCAUCACCUCCAAGCAGGACGCUAUGGACUACAUCACGUGGACCUACUUCUUCAGGCGGCUGGUCAUGAACCCCAGCUACUACAGCCUGGACGACGUCAGCCAUGACACCAUCAACAAGUACCUGUCCAACCUGGUGGAGGGCGCCCUUCGGGACCUGGAGUGCUCCUACUGCCUGGAGAUACAGGAGGACGGAUGCACCAUUGAGCCGCUGACGUACGGUCGCAUUUCGUCCUACUACUACCUGAAGCACCAGACCAUCCGCACCUUCAAGGAGCGUCUGAAGGCCGAGCUGGCCAUCCACGACCUCCUCACGCUGCUCUCGGACGCGGAGGAGUACUCCGAGCUGCCCGUGCGCCACAACGAGGACCAGCUCAACAGCCAGCUGGCUCAGCAGCUCCCCCUGCCUGUCAACCCCCACUCGUACGACAGCGCCCACACCAAGACCCACCUGCUGCUGCAGGCCCACUUCAGCCACGCCACCCUGCCCUGCAGCGACUACGGCACCGACACCAAGACGGUGCUGGACAACGCCAUCCGCAUCAGCCAGGCUAUGCUGGACGUGGCUGCCAACGAGGGCUGGCUGGUGACGGCGCUCAGCAUCUGCAACCUGGUCCAGAUGAUCAUCCAGGGACGCUGGCUGCAGGACUCCUCCCUGCUGACGCUGCCAUGCAUAGAACAACAGGACCUCCACCUGUUCAGGAAAGGGGCAAACCGAAACAAGAGGGGCGGGGCCAGUGGCUUCCAGGGACCAAUAGAAGGGCUGCCUGAGCUCAUUGCCGCCUGUGAGGGAAAGGAGAGUGCGUUUGCUGCCAUUGUGGGCCAGGAGCUCAACGCAUCGCAGAUGUCCCAGGCCUGGACCUACCUCAGCCACCUGCCCGUGGUGGAGGUGCGUCUGAGCGUGAAGGGCUGGUGGGAGGAGUGCCAGCAGCAGACGGAGCGCCCGGUCCCGGCGCCCGGCGGCGGCGGCGGCGGCGGCGGCGGCGGCGGCAGCGGAGGAGGCUUCCGGGACAAGCAGGCCUGGCUGGGCGUCCACGCCGACCAGGAGUACGUGCUGCAGAUCAACCUGAGGCGCGUCAACACGGGCCAGCAGAGGAGGAAGCAGGACAGUAAGGCCCAGGCCCCCCGCUUCCCCAAGAACAAGGACGAGGGCUGGUUCCUGGUGCUGGGCGAGGUGGAGCGCCGGGAGCUGCUGGCCAUCAAGCGGGUGGGCUUCCUCCGCAACCACAACACCGUCUCCGUGGCCUUCUACACGCCGGAGAAGACCGGGAAGUGCAUCUACACUCUGUACCUGAUGAGCGACAGCUACCUGGGUCUGGACCAGCAGUACGACAUCCACCUCAACGUGACGCCGCCCAGCAUCGCCGCCCAGGUCAACACAGAGGUCACCGACGCCACCAUGUAAUCCAGCCUUCAGUGAGACGACCCGCGGACCACGACGGCAAGCUGUGCUUCAGCCACAGCCCCCCGGAGCACCCGGCUGCCCAGUUGCCCGGCUCAUUGGCUUGCUGACGGCCUGGCGGACUUUGGAAGGAUCUUCAGCGAACGACUGUAUUUGACAAUAGUGCCAGAACUUACGUGGAAAUGCCCAAGGAGGGUACACUGACCUGACGAGGUUACCAAAGACCAAGAUCAGACGAAGCAUCUCUGCCAAGGGGGAUUGCAUUUGACGUUUAUGAUUGGCUCGAAUUAAGGGAACGCCUUUUCUUGUUGUUUUCAUUGCUUUCGUUUGUUUGCCAAUCAGCCGCUGUCAUUGCAGUAGGAGAAGGUUAUGUUUUACCCAGAGAAGCAUUAUUCUUCCUCUUUAAAAGCAUCCUGGGAGCUUUUAAGUAUAUCAGUAUGAUAACACAAGCGUACCAACAUGCAGUUUUGCUCGAGCGCAGACAAGAUGCUUUACUGUUUAAUAACUAAAUAAAUGGCUAUUAACUGAAUAGAUGGCUUGUUUGUCACAACCGGUCAUCGCCAUAAAAACCCAAUAAACAUUGUUUGCUGUUUUGGAUUACUUCAAUUCAGUUUUUUCUAGAGUUAAAUAGUCUGCUGGGGAAUCUUUAAGACAAGCAACAAGUUUGAUUUACUUCUUUAGAAUCUGAGAAAACAGCCAGAUGGUUUUACAGGGAAAACAAAACUGGAGUACAAAAUGAGGCUGUGGAAGUAGUUGACAAGACUUUGUUUAAGUUCCCAGAGUGGGAAUAUCUAGCAGGUGUGCAGAAUGCUUAGCCGGUUGCGGGGGCUUCACUUAGAAAUGUCCAAACUGUCAAACUAUCAGUUGAAGAAUAUAUCUGCUACCCUAACCCAGUCCAGAACCUACAGGGGCCUUAGAAAGACUCAAACCACAUCCAUCACCGAAGUAAAACAUAUGAAGUAAAACGUUAGCAUUUGAUUUCUGGAUAUUUGACAACUGAACGGUCAUUUGCUUCUUGUGGUUGAAAGAACUUUAAAAAAAAAUGUUUUGUUGAGAGAAAAUAAAAUUUCUAAAAAAAUGUGGCUAAUUAUUCCUCAUGCCAAAACAAAUCAAGCAUAGAUGAUGGUUAUGCUUCAGUUUGUUGUUUGAGUCGCGUUUUUGCAAAUCAUCACGCCUAGACAUGCAACUAUUGACUGUUUCUCCUCGGCACAGCUGUGCCUAAGCGCUCGACAUGUGGGCUGCUGGCUGCCCUAUAACCCGCAACCUCCUGCAGGAUAUUCGCAUUGGCACCGAUACGGUCAAAGUCUGGCAAUCUUUUUUUUAUAUUCCUUGUAUUUGCGCCACAUAAUGGAUAAUCCAUGCUCGCAUUAGCUGUCACAAUUUCCCUAAUAAACAUAUUGCUGAACCCUG